AGGACGAUCGAUUGUCUCUCCUGUUUAAAACAAAAGAAUCGAUAAUUCGAGAUCAAAAUCAUUAUCGACACUUUGGAUCACCGAGGCGUGGCAAGAAUCGCAAUAUCGUUGCGAUCGCAAAGUUAACGUCGACACCGAUGAAAUUUGAAAUAGAAAAUGAGAAGGAGAGAGAGAGAGAGAGAGAGAGAGAGAGAAAAGAAGAGAGAAAGAGUAUCCUCUCGCUCGUCGGUUUUGAUAUUUUUAAAUUCUUCCUCGUACCUCCCCGUCUCUCUCUCUCUCUCUCUCUCUCUCUCUCUCUCCUUCUCUCUGAUUGAUUUGGCGUUCCACGCUUGCGAUUCGUGUCACGCUUUUUCGCUUCUUCGCGAUAUCGUUUUUAAAGUCGUUGCGCCGACUAUGCUUUUCUUAAAGUCUCGAUGACCCAACGAGUGAGAGAUCCGAAGACAUUGCCGUGACAUGUGCAACACGAUAAGAUCGUUUAAUACAAUAGAGAGAUACCCCUAAAGAUUUUUCGAUAAAUAUUACAAGCUAUCCGAGACGUUACCGCGCGUAUUUCGAUCGCUAAAAACUCGCUAAAUGUGUUUCGUCUGUGCGCUCGAACUCGAGGGAAAAGAUCGCUGAGAUUCGAUUUCGCGAUAAGUGAACUCGAAUGGAGAAAGAAAAAAGAAUAAGGGCAGCAAACGUGGAAUAAAUUUGUACGUACGUACCUAUCGGAACUGAAAGCAGAACCUAAAAAUAAUCGUUCGUAUAAAUAUCGAUAAAAAUGUAAACGUGGAAGGGAGGAAUUGGAUUAAAUAUAGAUAUAGGCACGAGCAAAGGGGAGUAAAAGGGUAAAUGAGUGAGCGAGAGAGACAGGGGCGAAGGCAGAGAGAGAGAGAGAGAGAGAGAGAGAGAGAGAGAGAGAAUAGAGAAACGAGAAAGAAUGCCCCGGGAAAUAUUUUUGACGCCGCUUACUCUUUCGUCAUGAACGAUACAGAAAAGAAUAUUCGGAACAAUAGAGAGCAAGCUCGUGGGCGUAUACUUGGUUCGAUAAAAAAAAACCUCGACAGUGGUAGCGGGACGAACGUCGGAAUAGAAACUCGCGUGUCGUACUCGGCCUGCAAACGAAAAGAGAGUAAUUUGCUAGUUUCUCUGCGGGCCUCAUCCCGCGUGUGCGGUUUUUACGAGCAACGAAGAAAAAAGAGAAAAUGGAUCUCGAAAGAUCGAAACUCGAGCAAUAUUGGCUCUCUCGUGAAUCGAAUAAAAACGGAUGAUCUCAUUGACUGAUAAUAUAUCGCAUGAAAUUAUCUCUCGUUACGAGCUAAACGAAGCGUAAAGGGAAUUCGAUGAAUAAUCGAGUCGCGAACGUUAUCUAUGUAAGUGCUUCGUUCGAAAUAAGACUGAUAUAUCUCUCGAGAUAACGAAUUGCAAUAAUUUCUCGAAUGAGAUUUUUUUCGGAUCAACUUUUUCUUUUACGUUUAGCGGAGAGUGCACAACGAUUUUUCGAUUGUAUUUUCAAGAAUCGAUUAAAUAAAUUGUCUCAUUUAAUUUCCAACUGACGACGAUUGUACGUACGGACGGGAUCACGGCUCACGCGAUAAAACGACAUUUUCUCGAGUCAACGGGGAACGCGUAAUCUCUUAAACGCGAAAACUUCACUGGAUAUUGCUCGCUUUCGUCUCUCGAGCGAGUUCUUCGAAGUGGCAGUAAAGGGAGAUCGCGUAGGGUAAGAAAGGAGAAGAAAUCAAGACUGUACCUUGACAGGGUCGUUCCACGGGAGGGGAGGGGUGGAAGAAAAAGAAGAGGAGCAUCUUUCUUUUGCACUCAAGCGUCCGAGAAGAAAACAAUAUGAUUUUUUCUUCUCUCUCUCUCUCUCUCUCUCUCUCUCUCUCUCUCUCUCUCUCUCUCUCUUCUUUUGACUUACGACUUAGAACUUUUCACGAGUUUAAGAAUUAAUCGAAAGACGAGGAAGAGCUUCUUCGUAGCAGCGUCCCUUUGCAUCAUUUUACCUCAAUCGUUAAUACUCGAGAUAAAUCGGUAACAGAGUUCUGAAACAUUUCAAGGAUCCUGUCUGAUAAAUCAACAAAUAUGAUUAAAGAUUUGGCAAAGUUUGCAAUCGCAAAUAGCAAAGUAGUAAAUCGAAGUAAAUUGAAACGACGGUAAUCUCUAAGCGACUGUAACUCGGUAUUAGGGGAUUGAAGGAGAAAUUUUAAUGAAUCUUUCUCUUUGCUCUUACCACGAGUUUCUUUUGAAAUCGUUCUCCUAUCGAGAGCUUCGAUGGGUAGUUCGAAAGUCGAGGAGUCGAAGUCGUAGGAACGAGCAAAUUCCCGCGGUAAAGUCAAAUUUUGUGAACGCGAACUCGCAGGGCGGGGCAAAGAGUAAAACAGGGAGAGAUAGGGGUAGAGAGCGUGCUUCGAUAAAACUCGGAUCGAUGCUGGGACGCUCCUCGGGUUGCCAGUGGUUACCGUUAACGGGCAUCUCUUCCACUCCCCCAACGCGGCGUUUCUCAUCUACGAUUACGAUUUCGAUGCCGAGCGCGUUCUUUUCGGCGGUCGUCGUGGCCAAUCGUGCUCUGGGACGUUUCCAGAUUCGGCUUCGAGCUUCUUCCUCCUGGUUCACGCUUCUGGCCCGUAGCCCGACACAAAUUCUAACGUCUCCCUUCGAUCUCUUCGCUUUAUUUUCUAUUCGCCUCGCCGUCCAAAUUGAUUAUGCGUUAACCCGCUGUUAGUCGGAUUCUCUCUCGAUAAUGCGAAUCGAAGAAAAUGAUCCUUGCGAUAAACGCGUAAACUCCUGGCUAAAUAUUUAUUUACAUCGAUCCUCUCCGCGUGAAAAGCUACGUCGAAUCGUCGAUAUUCCCGGCGAGGCACUCCUCCUACAGGAGAAGGAUUCAUACCGGGUUCGUAUCGGAUUCAUGGAAUUCGAUGUUCCGAUAUUAAAAAUUUAGAUCGUUGGACCGUUCAUUCACCGUGUUACGGCAAAAGCCGUGAUGGUAUUCCACAUCCGUCGGAUAAACAGAAAGAGUUUCGUAAGUUUGCGCUUCGCUCGAACUAUCUCGCUUCGUUCCGAUCUUCUUCGACCGGUCAAGCUCUCCGUAUAAAAUGAUGAAAUACGUGCCGGGAAGAACUGAUACGAGAUAGACGCCCGACGUUCUCCAUAUUACCGUAGACUUCUUUUUACUUUCUCACGAAAACGAAAGAGAACGAAAUUUAAACCGCGUUACUUUUACUAAUUAACGGGUCUACGCCUAUCUUUUCCUCGAAUCUUGUAAAACUUGCCACGAAAUCGUGCGGUUUUAUUAUGUCCUGAAAAGUAAAUUAUCGCGAUAAUCGCCGUUAGUCUUUAUAAAAUGGGAAACUUCUUGCGCGUUUAAAUAAAGAAACGGAGUGUAUCAUAAAUCCAGGCUCGCUCGUAUCUUUUAAUGUAUACCGCGAGAAAAAGAGAAAAAAAAGGAGGAAGAAAAGAACCCGAAGCUUAUCCGCGCCUUAAAAUAUUCAAAGAAACUUUUUCAUCUCGGUAUAUUAUCAGGUCGUAAAGAAAAGAAUGAAAGAAGGAUCGUUAACAAUGAUUUUCCGUUGUUCGUUCGACAGAAGCGAAGCCCGGAGAAGGAUGAUGACUCGUCGCGAACAGGUGUAGUCAAAGGUGUUCGCGGAGUCCGAAAAAAAAAGAAAAAAAAAGGGAAAAAAAAGAAAAAGAAAGAAAAAAUGUCCACUUUUGAACACGGCGAACGUUUUUGGCAGGUCGCCCGACGUUGACUCGUUCACUCCUCGUUUUCGUUUCCACUUUUUCUUUCUUUAUCUCUUUCUCUUUGUCAUUACGAAGGAGAAAACGAUACUAGCUACGUUUCAAUUAACGUUUCUCACGAGAUUCGCGGACGGUAGCUGGCUAUGGACGUGUCAUCGUGAUUUAUGCAGCCCGUACGGGACGUUCUUCGGGAAUAGGGCUUUAAAAACAUCCUAGAAAUGGAAAUGAAGAUAUAUAUCGGUCGAGUACCGACCGAUGCCGUUGGCAGGGCCAUUGUUUACGAGUCAACUCUCGCGAAAAUGCCACCCCAUUCGCUGAAUCCUACUGGCUGCAUCCUACGUCUCUCUCCUGUUCUGCCUUACCAUCUGUAACCUUGCUGGACAGUGUGACGUUCCAAGUCCCUAGGUUCGUUAAAAAUGAAAGAACGAGAAAACAGGUGGACUGGAAAAUUAUAAUCCUAACUGGAUAGAAGGUUAUUCCUCUAGAGAGAGAGAGAGGGAGAGAGAGAAAGUCGAAACGACGAAAGAAAAUUUGAUUCAGCGACGUCCCUUUUGUCGAAAAGACGACUUCGACGUUUCAAUAUCGAAUCGCCAUCUGAGAAUCGUAUAAUUCUGCUUUUUUUGUUGCCAUCCUCGAUAAAAAUCUUUAAUCUUUUAAUACCACGAUCGCCACAUAAUAUUCCCGCAAAUUCUUCUUUCUGAAAACCAAGAUAGACACGUUCGAAUCCUACGACGAAGCGAAAAGUAUAAAAUCGAGAGAGAAAAAAGGGAGAAAGGAAGGUAGAAGGCAUUUAAAUUCUCGGCCAAUCAUCGCACGCUCGAACGAGACGAAAGAGUUCUUUUCAAUCGCUCGAUCGUCCGUAAAGAGGGGAAAAAAAGAGAUGCGGGUCCGAUGCAAGGUGAGGAUUUGCGAUCGAAUCGACGCUCCGUCGACCGCUUCGUCGACGUUUCAGCACCGAAAAUGCUCCGGUAUCGAUCAAAGUCUUACGGCGGACGGGCUGGUGGAGAGACGACAUCGUUCCGGCAUGGGAACGAAUGAAAAAUCAAGUCGGGCUUUUGGCUGACCGAUUCGAGCGCCUAAUCGCCCUUCUACUUUCGAGCUAAGCUACGGCCAGCUUGUGCGAGCUAGCUGGUAUUACCGAGUGGGCUCGUACGAAAAGAAAGAAAAAAAAAAAGAAAUGAGAACAGGAGGAUAAAAAAAAGACCGAUCGAAGGCCGGUAAUCGCGUGGCCGUGUUUUAAUCGCACUUCGCGGCGUUAACCGUAAGCCUUCGUUGCCUAUCGACGAACACGAGUCUCAGCGAUAACACGGUUGAGAGAAAAUAGUAAUGGAGCGACAGCUCUCGCAGAGUCCGCUUUCUAAGAAGAGAUAAGCGCCGAGUUCGAGCGUACGCGCACUUGUCGCGCGAGAAAUCAUAUACGUAUACAUACCUAUAUACAUAUGUAUCUUUCUCUCGCAUCGGUCGACGAUCUAAUCCAUGAGCAAUUACCACUUUCAGCGAUACCAUCCGACGUAGCGAAAGAAACGAAUACACACAGAGACACGAAAGCACACGCCAUUAAUGAAAUCCCGUGCCAUCCCACGUUCACGGUCCUCCCGUCGAGGUGGGCGUCACCAUGUACGUCUUGAGUAUCAGCUCGCUAUCCGAAGUGAAAAUGGACUUUACGUUGGAUUUUUACUUUCGACAAUUCUGGACGGAUCCACGACUCGCCUUCACGCAACAGAAAGGCGUCGAGACGCUCAGCGUCGGCUCCGAGUUCAUCAAGAACAUCUGGGUACCGGAUACGUUCUUCGUGAACGAGAAGCAGUCGUACUUUCACAUCGCUACCACCAGCAACGAGUUCAUUCGUAUUCACCAUUCCGGGAGCAUCACACGUAGCAUACGCUUAACGAUCACGGCAUCGUGUCCAAUGAACUUACAAUACUUCCCGAUGGAUCGUCAACUCUGUCAUAUCGAGAUCGAGAGCUUUGGAUACACAAUGCGCGAUAUUCGGUACAAAUGGAACGCCGGCCUACUGUCGGUCGGCAUCUCGAACGAGGUGGAACUACCGCAGUUUCGCGUGCUCGGUCACAGGCAACGACAGACAACAAUACACCUAUCGACAGUCGGAUACACGAUGAGGGACAUCCGGUACAAGUGGAACGAGGGUGCUAACAGCGUCGGUGUCAGCAACGAGGUCUCCCUCCCACAGUUCAAGGUCCUCGGGCAUCGGCAACGAGCAAUGGAGAUUAGUCUUACCACCGGAAAUUACUCGCGGCUGGCCUGCGAGAUCCAGUUCGUACGAUCGAUGGGCUACUACCUGAUCCAGAUCUACAUACCCUCCGGGUUGAUCGUCAUAAUAUCGUGGGUGAGCUUUUGGCUAAACCGAAACGCGACCCCCGCUCGGGUGGCCCUCGGAGUAACCACUGUGCUCACUAUGACGACCCUAAUGUCCUCGACGAACGCGGCGCUACCAAAGAUCUCCUACGUCAAGUCCAUCGACGUCUAUCUGGGCACCUGCUUCGUCAUGGUCUUUGCCUCGUUGCUCGAAUACGCCACGGUGGGUUACAUGGCAAAGCGGAUUCAAAUGCGGAAGAACCGCUUCCAGAAGAUAGCGGAAAGCAUGAAAGCGGCGAGGGAAAAUCCAGGACCACCGGGUGUACCCGGUGAUCAUGGUGAUCACGCGCCUAAGCAAACUUGGUCCCGUGUUGUCCAGGAGGUGCGGUUCAAGGUGCACGACCCGAAGGCACACAGCAAAGGUGGCACGCUCGAAAACACCAUUAAUGGUCGGGCCGACGAGGAAGCGGCGCCUGCACCACAACAUCUCAUUCAUCCUGGCAAAGAUAUUAGCAAACUAUAUGGCAUUACGCCAUCAGACAUCGACAAGUAUUCCCGCAUCGUAUUCCCGGUGUGCUUCGUUUGCUUCAACCUGAUGUACUGGGUCAUUUACCUGCAUAUUAGUGACGUAGUCGCGGACGACCUGGUGCUGUUGAAGGAGGCGAAGUAGAGCACGGGGACAUCGGCUGCUGUAUCGCGGCUCGUAGCGACGAAAGAACGGAUGAAGAGGAAAAGAAAGAUGAAGGAAACUCGCACGAUAGGACGAGCACGGAAGGACGAAAGCGAAAUAAAAAAAACGUGCUCGAACGAGUGCGAGUUCGUCAACGGCCAUUUCCUCUCGUACUGGUACGAAAUCCAGAAUCCGUUCUCGUCGCAUCGAAUCGGCGUUACUUAUUCGAACUCUUCCUUAAUUCGAACUAUUCGAAACGCACGACGCGCAUACGUGAAAAACGCGCUUACUUAUAUCGCGAUGAUAUACAUUAACGAUAACGAAAACGAAAGUGGUGCAAACGAAAAAAUUGCUCGGGGAUGAAGAAGAUUAACAAAAAAGAAAGAAGAAAUUCAAUAUAAAAAAGGGACGAUCUUUCGAGCAAGUGAAACGCGUCAUAGCGCAUCAUUAACAUACCUUAAACAUUGCCAGUUUAGGUAAUUCUUUAGGUCUUAAUGAGACCUUAUAUAUAUACAUAUAUAUACAUGUAUAUAUAUAUGUGUGUAUAUGUAUAUAUAUGUAUAUAUAUAUACAUAUAUAUAACAAUAUAUAUAUAUACAUAUAUAUAUAACAAAUUCGUCAAUUUAGCUACUAUUAUAAAAUAGUAAAGUUAAUUAAUGAUAAGACAAAGAGAAAGAGAGAGACGAAAAAGCUUCAAAUAUCGUCGGCUCGGAGCGACGCUUCGACGUACAGAAACAACUUCGGGGAGAAAGACUAGAAGGGGAGAUCGAAGAUCGGAGAUCAAGACAUUCGAACGUCGACAUCACUGCUGGCUCUUGGAAGGAAGAAUGAAGAGGUAGAUACGACAAAUGCAUACGACAUAUACACACACACGUACACACACGAUUAUAAAUAUAUGAUAUUAUAAAGAGUUACGAUGCGAGCGAGUCAAGACAAACGUUAACGGAGCGAGGGAUAAAAAGGACAUAUAUAUAAACAAUUAAUCUCGUCGAUGAUCGGUCGCACAAUUCGUAUUUAUGUUACUAUACUUUAUAUACUUUGAUCGAAUUUGUACACUCAGCAUUCCUUCAAAUAAAUCGAUUUUACGCGAUCGCCUCAAUCGCUUGCUUUCUCAUAAAAUUCGAUAAAAAUCGGAUCGCGAUUCGUACCCGACUCGAUCUUUUCCUUUCAUCCAUUUAAUCAUACGCAGUAAUAUACAAAGAAACGAAAGAAAAAAAAAAGACAAACUCGUCGGAAAAAAUGCAAUUCCUUUAGUCGAAACGUCUGUUUUCUACUACCCCUCGCCACACUCGGAAACUCCUGUACCUGUAGUAUGUUUUCUCAGAGUUAAUUAACGAUGAUUGUAUGCCGUUCUACUUCCUUCUUUUCGACUCUUCAUACAUCCUCCGCUCGCCUUUUUCUACUUCGUUCGAGAGAACAUACGGAGUAGCGCGUACACGCACUCGCAUACAUUCGCGCGUAUGCGCCAAUGAAAAAAAGAGAGACAAACGUGGAAAGACGUGCGCACGAGGAGAGGGAAGAGAGAGAGAGAGAGAGAGUCGCCAAUUCAGUAAUCUGCGUACACUCUUCCUCCUCUCUCUUUCUUUUUCCCUCCUGCUGUUUUCCACUUUUUCCAGCCCUUACACUCUUUCUAUAUCUCCAUCUCUCUCGAUCCGCAAGGGGUAGGUAGCUGGCUGCAGCCUGGGUCGUGGAAGCUUGCCAUUCAGGAUAUCGACCAGCUGACACGCCCAGCCUUCCUCCCGGUCUUCCCCUUCGCUCCAUCCCUCUCUUUCUAUCCUCUCCAUCUACAUAACGUUCUAUCCUUCUCCCUUGCUCUCUCUCUCUCUCUCUCUCUCUCUCUUUCUCUUUCUCUUCUUCAGGGCGCCACUACAGCCUCCGCAACCUUCCUCCGCGAUCACCAAACAGUUCAUUUACCAGACGCUCCUGCCAGUCGUGCAUUUAAUAAGGCAUCCUUUGUUCUUGCGUACCUUACGAGAAAGAAAAAGAAAAAUAAAUAGAGAGAGAGAGAGAUGCGUUUCUUCUCCGUCGAUAUUCGAUACAAAAUCCGAAAAAAAACUAUCGUAAAGUGAUAGUAUAUGAUUGAAUGAAUCGUUCAUUACGCUGGAAUCUAAAUUGUUCUGUUAUUAAAAUUUUGUUCAAUACGCGGUACGCAUUAAAUUGCUAGGAAGCUUAAUGAAAUGAAUGAAUCGCGACCGAUCGUCGAACACGAUUACGAGAAAUUGUCUUCGAUCUGAAAACACGCUAUUUUGUUCCUUCUUUGAUGAUUUUCCAAUGCCUUCGCCCGUCCUUACUCGCAUCGUUCUCGAGAUAUUAAUGAAUUUUUGCGAAUUCGUUUCUCGGACAAAAAGGAUCUCGGAGUCAAUAGGAAAGCAGAGCACGAGGCUUUGAACGUUGGAACGAUAGAACGAGGGUUGGUAACGAUCGCCUAGGUAAUUAACGAGUCGGCCGAAUUAUCGUCGCGCGAUAAGAAAAGCGGCCAAACAAUCAAUAUAUCAAGACGCGUAUUACCACGGGCUGAGCACGUCGGAGAAUACGAGAGGUAAGUUUACACCUCGUUAGAAAAAAAAAAGAAGAAAAAAGAGAAUGACAAGAGAGAGCACACACAACUCGUCUUUUAUACUUUUUCUCCGCUAGCAGCAAACGCGUAAGGAAAAAUCUGCGCCCGACGUGCUCCGCGCGAGUGUUCCAAGGAGAAGGGAAAAAAUCGAUCGAUCGAUUCGCCGACCAAAUACAACGAGCAGAAAAGACGAAACGUAUCCUUUGAUCCCCCCGCGUUCGUUUCUUUCAUAUAACGCGUAUUAUAAUAAUAAUGAAAUUAUAUAAAUAUCGACACACACUUCCACGUCCGCCCCACCGGAAGCAUUAUAUACAUACAAUUUAUAUAAUCGUACACCCGCGUUAUCCGCGUUAUCCAGUCUUUAAGGAAGAAGAAAAAGGAUUAAUUAAGAGAGAGAGAGAGAGAGGACAAUGAAAGAAAAGAGAUCGAGAGGAAAAGGAACCCUAGCAAUAUAAGUCUAUACAUAUAACGAUCUAAGAUGCAUUUAUUCAUACGUAUAUUUAUCGCGUAUGCAUACAUGCGUACCUCACGCGUUUCUACGCGUGUAUAUAUAUAUAUAUAUAUAUAUAUAUAUAUAUAUAUAUGCGUAUUAUAUAUUACGUGUGCCUGUAUUGUUUAUUACGUUUGAGAUUUUAACGGGCCAUGGUCGAACGAGAAGGCUAUUUUUUCCGUUGUCUAGAAAGUUCAAGCAUCCUAUUUCAAAUCGUCCCGAUGAGACGAGCAUUUGUCGUUCCUUUCGAGAGCUCGGCCGCCUACUGUCGGACACGAGUGUCGAAAUAUCCCUUUGUACAUGAUCCUUUUUUCUAUGCUGAUAACAGACAACGGAGCUCACGUAAAGAACUGACGAAUCUCGUCAAAGCCGGACGAUAUUCAAAAAAGAUUAAAUGGACGAUAUUCAUGAAAAGAUUAAAACGCGCGCUCGCGCACGCUUUCAAUUAAACGCUCGUCAUUAAAAUUAAGUCGAUCUUACGAGCGCUCCUUAAUUAAUACUUCACAGCUUUCCUUUCAACCGUCUAAUUAUUACAAUCUCGUGGCACGAACACGAUUAAACGAAUUCGUAACCUUUCGGAGUUUUAUUCCUAUUUACAUAGAAACUCGAUUUCACGUGAACGCUUCAACGACUGUUAACUUCAACUUUUAACGGUUAAAAGAAGAUUAUGAAGCAAAGUAAGAAGAAUUAUAUCGCAUUGAUGGAAAUUCGAAGGUUAAUUAUUCGUCUUUAAUUAAUAGUCAUAAAGCAUACCUACCUAUUUAUUCGUCGAUCUUCUCGUUCGCUCGUGGCCCCACCGUUUAUUAUGGAUAUUAUUAUUACCUUUAUUGUAUAGAGAUAAAUAAAGAAAUAAAUCAAAUAUAUAUAAAUGUUUUAAAAAAAGAGAAAAGAAAAAGAGAUCUCUGUCCUCUGGCAGGAUAUAAAUUUAUGUUAUCAGCGGGAAUCUAUAUAUCGCGAAUUAUUAUUAUUCUAUUCUUAUCAUUAUCAUGAUUAUUGACAUUAUUAAUAUAUUAAUAUAUUAAUAUAUUAUGAGAAUAAAGUAAUAUCGUUGAAAACUCAAAGAGCAGGACGAAGGUACUGUAAACUCGAAAUAUAUUAAAAGGGAAAAGAAAAAAGAUGAGAGAACGCGAGACGAGAAGCGAGGAGAUAGAAACUAUUAUUACUAAUACAAAUCGAUCACCUUGUAAAUACGAGUUUUAUACGGAACAUUGUAUUCGUUCACCAAAAAAAGAGGAGCAAAAAAAUUACGAGAGAGAGAGAGAGAGAGAGAGAGAGAGAGUAUCUAUUACAAAGUAAUAUAUAAAAUACACAUAUACAUAUUACAUAUACACAUACCAUAUAUAUAUAUAUAUGUAUAUUAUAUAUUAUAUAUAAGUAUACACACACGCAUACACACGCACACACAAAAUGUAGUGCACACAAGAUUGUGACUGUUCGCACGUACUUACGUAAAUCAAUUAAGAAUAAGCAAACAAAAAUGAUAUAAAUAUAUAGGAAGUAUAAGCAGAAAGAUAAUAAACCAAAAGUAAAUUAGAAGAACGUUGGGGGAUCAAAGUCGAUACGCAUGUUCACUCGUUCGUUCGUUCGUUCGUUCGUUCGUUCGUUUUUUAGUAAUAGAAGAGAACAGGGGAAAGAGGAGAGGCGGAUAAAUUUCGAAAGGCGGUCGAUCGUGGUAAUCGAUUUUAUCCUAUCGAUUAAUUACAGAGGCAAUCGAUUAGCUUAGAUUACUUAUCGGAAACAAAUAAAUAGAAGGAAAAAGAAAAAAAGAAAGUGGUGUGAUACACACGGCCGUGGCCGGCUCGGUCAUCGAAAUUAAAGACGAGACGGUACGAAUCGCGUUAAAAACGAAAACUGCCAACUUCCUAAUACAAUAUAUGUUUUAAUCAAUCGCGGAUACGCGACGGUAUAAACGAGAAAAUAGAAAAAAAAUAAGAAAAAAAAAUAAAAAAAUAUUGUGAGAAAAAAGAUCCGAACGAAAGGCGCGGAAAAGACGAUGUUCGUUCGAAAGAAAAGCUUGUUUUAGAGAAAUUAUGUUACUUUUUUUUUUGCGAGAGAUGUACUUAUACAAUACAAUGGCUGGAAGGAUGAAACUCGUGAAACGACUAUUUACAUUUCCUUUUCCUUUUUCCUUUCUCUAGAACGUAAAUUCGAUUAAAACGGUUUAAAUUCGAAGCCGACAACGCAUACUCUCCACGCGAGUCCAACUUCGAUCUCGAAUAAACGUAAGCGUGUAAACGUUCAAUCGAGAUCGAGGAAUCGAAGCCUUUUCCGUCGCUCGUCCUGCCAGAGGAAAAUACAAUAUAUAACGAGACAAGCGUAGACAAAUCGAGGGAAAAAUCGGAUCUCCAUCCCAGAAAUCCCCGCGUAAAAGAAAAAGAAUAUUUAUGAAAUCGUGCGUAGCUCCGACCGAAGAGGAACGAAAGUACGACGAUAUUGCGCGACGAGUCGUCUCGACGAGAGUACCAAAUUCUAAAACUGUAAACUUUAAAUAAUAACGCUGAUGCAUUAUAUUGUAGAAACGUAUUCUACGAUCGUAAAAAAUAAGAUAAAAGUGACAAUGUAGGUACACAAUGAACAUACACACGCGGACACGAGAAACACGCAUACAUAUACAUACAUGUAUACACGUAAGGAGCAUGCGUCUAUGAAAUUAAAAAAAGAAAAAAAAAGAAAAAAGAAAGAAAAAAGAGAGAAAAAGAAAAAAAAAUUGAGAAGGAAACUGAGUGUACGCACGUUUCAUACGCACAACACACAAACUGAUACACAACACAACGCACAUUACUCGAAAAGAAACACGUGAAUACCCCGUAGGUCGGGCGAUUACUAUCUCGAAGCGUUUAUAUAUAAUUAAUUAUAUACCUACUUUUACUGGCACUCGGUAGAUAUAGGUACACCGUUAACGUAUACCUAUACUAUCCGACUCACUUUUACGUGGCAGUAACGCCGACUUAUAUGACAAAGGAAAACGGGAGAGAAAGAAGAAGAAAAAAAAAAGAUAGACAAGAGGCGAAGAAAGUUAAAUAGAAAGAAUGUAAAGAGAAUAUGUAUAACAAAAAAAAAAAAUUUAGCGAUCGAGCGAGUGAGAAAGAUAGUUUAAGUAGAAAAAUCGAACGACGUGCGAAAGAAAAACGCGUUGCGCUUACGCGGAAAAAGAGCGUCAAAAAAAAAGAGCGAGAAUAUAAAUAAAAUAUACAUAAAUAAAAAAAAAUAAAUAAAAACAUAGAUUAGCGCGUAGACAUAUAGAUUCGAAAUAACCGAAUGAUCGAAGAUGAAAAAAAUACAAGAGAAAAAGAAAGAAAGAAAGAAAGAAGGAGGAAAGAUGGAGAACAAAGUCGAACAAAGCGAAAAGCGUGAAUGAGGGUGUGCGAGCGGAUACGCUAUUCCGAGGAGCGUGUGCGUGCGUGUUUCUGUGCGUGACUGAGUUUUGCAUGAGUGCGUGCAUCCACUGUGGUCUGUAUCUUAAGCGGAAGUUCCUGUUCCUCGAGAUGGCGAAGAAAGAGAGAGAAAAGGAAAGCGAAAAGAAUGCGGGAGAGAGAGAGAGAGAGAGAGAGGACAAUGGCUAAAGAAAAAUAUAAAUACGAGACCGACUCUCGUCGCGGACGAGAAGAAUCAGACGCGAUCGCGAAUCAGGCCGAGGAAGAGCGUCUUCUUGUCCCUCCCUCCUGUCAAAAUCGUAUAUCGGUGCGUGCCUGAUCGAAUAUUUCGAGGAAAUCGAUUAGCGUCGAAGCGCCGAAUAUCGUAGCCUCGAUUCCGAGAUAGAACACGAGGAAAUCACUUAUUUUUCAUAAUUAUUUCUUACCAGCGUCGAUUCUUCGAAGAUCGAACGUCUUCUCGUGUUCUAUUGUGGAUCAUCGAAAAUAAUGGUAUUCCGCGUGUUCGCUCGAUCGAUAUUUUCCGAUAAUCGGAAAGAAUAUCUGUAGUACGUACGUACACACAUACAUACAUACAUAUGCAUAACUUACGGCAGAAUUCGUUUACGAUUUAGUCAUGCGUCAUUAAUAUCAUUUUUUGUAAUGUCCGAAUAAAACGUAUAUCAUAGUCGAAGAUAAAAGUUACGCCGAUAAUCAAUUGUCGGUUCAUUCGUUUAACGAUAAUCAUUGUGUCGUAUGUUGUGCGAGGUGUACAAUGCAGCAAACGCGCGAACGUUAUUACGAGACCUCCGAUAUAGUCCUCUCUUCUUUUAUAUUUCGAAAACCGUAUUCCGUUCCGCGUCGUCUCGUCUCGGCGUUCGCCGAACGCUAGAUAGAAUCUUUUCCUUGAAAGAUCGAUCUGCAUUAGUGCUGCCAUACGUUAGACAAGUAGUCUCGUUGGAUCCCGAAGAAGUAUUUUAUGAGAAACGGUAGCGCCAAUAUCGAUACAUUUAUUGAGAGGAACAAUCUUUUGAGCAUAUACAAAUUAUUGAAAAAUAUAUCGAUAUUAUGAUAUCGAUGUUAAUACCUAUUAAUCGAGAAAUAUAAUCAAUUUAAAAAUAAAUUCAGUUUUCUUUUCACAUUCCAUUAUUCCAUUAUUUUACAACCUUUCUUAACUCGUGCUUCCGUUUGGCGUCUCUCUGUCUCGCCUCGGUACAUGAUUUUCUUUUUGCUUAUUAUUACAUUUCCGUACGUGCAUAUUUUUCUAAAUUUCUCUUCGAGCGACUUUUCACGGUCCUACGAGAUUUUCAAAAGCUACAAAGAAGAUCUACUUUCGCGCGUAUGCCUUCGCACUGAACAAAGUAAAAAGCAUGUAAACUGGCCUUCAGCGAGUUUGCGAGCGCGACGAAAAAGAAUAUGUCGUAACAUACAUAAUCGAGUCAAGGGAAGGACGAAAGACGAGACGUAAAAAGCGAUGGAUAACGAAUGCGUCUAAUGCGUGCGUCCGCGCGUGAAUGUACGUGUGAAUACGAGUGUAUACGAGGUUUGAAGGAAACGUAUGCGCGCGCGCGAGCGAGAGGAAGAGAGAUAUGAAGAGAGAAAAUGAGAAAGAGAAGGAGACACAGCGCGUUGAGUUAACGCGCGAGGCAUAAAGUACGUCGUAACUGGAACGCUUGCGUCGACUGCCAAGAAAAGAAUGAAAAACUCGAGGGUUGUAAGUCGUGAGAAAAAUAAUAAAAGAUAAGGAAAAAGAAAAGACGUGAAAUGUGGGAAGAGAAGCGAAAAAGGGCAGAGGCUCUCCCAGUUACUUGCUCACUGAAAUAAUAUUCUAAAUAACGUUCGUACGCGACAAAAAUCUAGAUAUACAUUGGUAUAAUGCGAUAUUAAUUUACGUACAAAUAAGUAUCGAGACAUAAAAAAAAAAGGAAAAAGAAGAGAAGGAAAGGAGAACAAGAAAAAAUAAUGAAUAAGCAGGCGUUGACAUUGACGCGCGCACGUUACAAACGAAAUCGAAUAGUAGUAAAGAAUUUCAUGGUUUACCAAGAACAAGAAAAAUACGUAUAUUCCUAAGAUCGCUAGAUAAGAACUUAGAAUAAUUAAUAUCGUUCAUUUGAAACAUUAACGUAAAUAGUACGUCAUUUUCAAUGAAAGUCGUCGUAAAUUAAGAGCAAGAAAGAAAAGAAUUCUUUAACGAUAAAUACAAUCGAAAUUGCACUUAUUUCUCGGCUCUAAAUUCUUGUCAAAUUCGACGGGAUAAAUGAACUCGCGUUAAUAUCGAUUUGAUCGAUGAUCGAUAGACUCACGUAAGAUUUUUAAUUUGUCCGUAAUACCGAACCUACUUUUAACGAUAAUAAUGUCAGUGCGAAUCGAACUUAUCGACGUCGAUUCCUGAUCCCGGAUGCCUAAAUCAAUGCAAUUUUGAAAGAGCGUAACUCGAAAUCUUUAACGAAAUCUCUGCCGAACGAAUAAAAAUAAAAAGAAAUGAAAUGUUCAAGGUGCGCGCGUAAUUGUCCAAAUCGUGCUUGCUAAGAGGAACACGAAUUCUAUUUAUAAAAACGCUGUACAUUGCGAAGGCGUAUAAUUUACAGCGAAAUGUCUAUAGGACUUGUAAGGGAACGAACGAUACAAGAAAUAAAGAAAUAUCGAGAGAGAGAGAGAGAGAGAGAGAGAGAGAGAGAGAGAGAGAGAGAGAGCGAGCGAGAGAGAGAGAGAGAGAGAUUGAGAAAGAAUGAAGAAAACAAGAUCGAGAUCAGCAGUGGUACUUGCGUUACACGCACCGUUAAAAAUGGCGACGAAUACAUUAUUCACUGUUACAUAAAAAACAAAAGAAAAGAAACAAAGUGUAACACAAAAACGUAUCGUUGCAUGAUCGAUAUACCUAAAAAAUUAUUACUACGUGAUACGUCAUUAUUAUGUAAAGUUUUUAUUGAGUGAGUAAAAUUAUGUUAUCGAUGAAGAA